AUGAAAUGCAUUUUAUUUUCAGCUCAAGCUUGUGCAGAUGUUCUGGCAUUAGCCAAAGAAGCUAGAAGGAGAAAUCUUGGUCCUCUUCAUCCUUCUUUUAAUGUGAUAAAGAUAAUAAGAGAUGGACUUAUGAGAAAUCUUCCUGAAAACACUCACCAGUUGUCAUCGGGCAGGCUAUGUAUUUCACUAACCAGAGUGUCUGAUGGUAAAAAUGCUUUGAUAUCUAAUUUUAACUCUAAAGAAGAAGUUGUCCAGGCUUUAAUCUGUAGUUCAUUUGUCCCUAUUUAUUGUGGCCUAAUUCCACCAUCAUUUAGAGGUGUGCGCUACGUGGAUGGAGGAAUCAGUGACAACUUACCUCACUAUGAAUCCAAGAAUACCAUCACGGUUUCACCUUUUGCUGGGGAGUGUGAUAUCUGUCCAAAGGGGAAUUCUGCCAACUUCCAUGAAAUGAAUGUGACCAACACCAGCAUUCAGCUCAGUAUGGGGAACCUUUACCGUUUAACGCAAGCGCUCUUUCCACCAGAGCCUAAGGUACUAGGAGAGAUCUGUGAGCAAGGAUACUCAGAUGCUCUUAAAUUCUUGAAAGAGAAUGGUAUUCUGAAAGACUCAAUUUACAUCCACUUGUCCUUCACAAAAAGAAACCCUCAUGAGGCUGUGCAACACAUUGACAAUAUGAAGCAAAAGAAGUUGACAGAGGAUUGUCACAGAGUAGAAACUUUGAAAAUGGAAGUACUUAAUGAUCAGCUGAAGCAACAUCCAUGGCCUUUGGAGAAGAGUAUAUUCCAGAGUCUACCUCCUAGACUUCAUAAAGCACUACAGGAAGCUUGUAAAGAACAGAAUGGAUUCUAUGCUCAGUUCUCCAAACUCUUUCCAAUACGGGUGAUAUCCUAUCUUAUGCUACCAUAUACACUACCAGUGGAGUCUGCUUACUCAGUUGCUUUACGGUUAGUGAACUGGUUUCCUGACAUGCCUGCUGAUGUUCGAUGGAUGCAAGAACAGUUCUGUCGAAUUGCUGGUACAGUUUUUUCCCAUGCUAAGAGCAAGCUGUUCUGCAUAUCCAGGAAAGGCAGCUUUGCAUCACUAAGGAAAUGUCAAACGAUCCCAUCUGCUAUGGAAUUUCAUUCUUCAUACUGCCACCUUAAAAUGCCUCAUUCUUCUGCUGACCUUGACACCUGGCUCUGGGAAUCAUCCUGCUUCAUGCAAUCAGCUAUGCAAAAUGCUUCUGCUAACAUGCAGGAGCCUGCAGAGUUAAACUCCUAUCCUAGUUUUCUCCCAAAUUCUGAUGAGUCUGGGUUGGAAAUAGAUUAUGACUCUUCCUCAGAGGCAAGCUUUCAAACUGUUCCAGAGUAUUAAUUUGGAAGCAGAUUCCACAGUUUCCAAAAUUCUAAUUUGGCAGAGAAAUAUAAAUCCUAAAGGACUAGCGAUGACUUUUUU